UAAAGCCAUUAGAUGUUUGAAUGUCUUCUUUAGACCAAAUUUUUGCUGGGAUAGCAAUCUUGUUGUUUUAAUUUAAUAAGUUAGUACCAUUUAAUUUAAUGUUUGAUUUUUGUUACAUACAAACCAAAAACUUUGUGUAUUAUUUAAAUUGCUAAAUUUAAUUUUUAUACUUUAAAUUUAUUUUUAAGGCGGCGAACCAGCAAGAUUAUUAUUAAGUCAGUACAAUGAAGCGGUUGGGGACGAAUACAUAGAUAUACAUUGUCUCCAUGAGUUUAAUGAAAAAGAUCAAGACUUAAUAAAGUCGGUUAAAAUAGCAUAUAUGGCAGGUAAAGGAACUCAUAGAGUUCCAGUUAUUAUUCUGGCGGACAAUCUGAGGGCAUUAUCUACAAUUUCUAAUAUAAGUAUAAGAAAUAAAGUCAACAUUCCUAAAAACAAUCCUUAUCUUUUUGCGUGUACCAGAAAUUCUAAUGGUCAUACUUCUGGAUGGAAUGCAAUUGAUAGUAUAGUAAAAACAUUGCCCCUAAAAAAACCAGAGAACUUCAACGCUACAAAAAAUAGACAUCGAUUAAGUUCUAUUUUCGCAACACUUGAUUUGUCAACACAAGAUAGGGAUCUAUGGUUUAAAGAUAUAGGUCACUCAGAGGAAACCAAUAAAAGUACAUAUCAAAUACCGCUAGGUAUGUUGGAUAUUGUGAAAGUUGGAAGAAGACUUAUGAAUAUAGAAUUAGGUACAAGUGCAAGUACAUUUAUUCCACCGGAGAGUCAAAAUGAGUGUCAAAAAUCUACAGAUACAAGUUAUGGCGGAAGUUCUAGUUUAUUUACUGAUUCGGAGAGUUGUGCAAGUCAAAAUGCAAGAAAAUCUACUGAUAAAAGAUAUGGUGCAACUUCUUGUACAUUUAAUCCAUCAGAGAGUUUUGCAUAUCCAAAUGCAAGUCAAAAAUCUGCAUAUACAAUAUAUGAGGGUACAAGUUCUAGUACAUUUAUUCCAUCGGAGAGUUUCACGAGUCAAAAUGAACGUCAAAAGUCAACAAAUACAAGUUAUGGUAGUAUUCUAGUUGUAUUUGCAUAUUCUUAA